GUUUUGGCCGGUGGAAAAUGCUGAUUAUGUACCGAGGGGAUAGCUAGAAAAUUUGUUUGUUAUAGUAGUGUUAACACUACUUCGCACAUGGGCUAUUUAUUGUGACGCUAUUCUGAUGUAGGUUGUUCUAAUAACUAUACGCAUAAAUACAACCGUUCUUGCUUCACCUUAAGUAGAAUUAUCCUACCUAUUGAUUCACAGAAACGAAAGCAUAUGCUAUUUGGAAACUAAACAUGACAUCUCAAAAGCCCGUCGUCGUCAUAAUUCAUGGCGCCUUCUUUUCGCCGAUGCACUAUCGGAGGCUAAUUGAGCCCCUACGCGCCCAAGGAUAUGUCGUUAUAAGUCCGCCGAUGCCGACGACGGGCCUUGACGAUAGCGUAGCGGGUAAGACUUACGUCGACGAUGUGAAGCGCAUCCUCGAGCUCCUUACCCCCUACCUAGACGAGGGCAGGGAAGCCGUAGUGCUUGGACAUAGCCAAGGCGGCAUCGCAGCUAGUGCCUUGACUGAGGGACAGACCAUCCAAGAUCGCAAAGUCAAGGGGCUGAAAGGAGGCAUCAAAGCAGUCAUAUAUCUCACUGCCCUCGCUAUUCCUGUAAAAGGGGCCACUUUGCUGGGCCUUCUGGGAGGCACGCUACCGCCAAUCUAUCGAGUUGAGGGACCCUUCUAUGUUCUCACAGAGCUGGCCCUUUCUCCAGAGGGCGGUGACAUGAGGGUACCCGAAGAAGAACAACAAGGCCUGGCGAAGAGCUUGGUGCACCAGAGCAAGGCGAGUCUGGAAGCGCCGGUACAGUAUACCGCGGUUGACGUCACUGUUCCCAAGACAUACAUCGUCUGUUCCGAGGACCCGUCGUUACCUGCUACCCUCCAGGAAAGUAUGGCUCAAGCGGCUGGGUGCAAGGUUGUGAAGAUUGAAGCUGGUCACUUUCCAUUUUUAGAGAGCGCUGAGAAAGCCAAAGAAGUCGUCGAUGUCAUUGUCGAGAUUGCCGGACAAUAAUAUGAAUAAUGACCAUAUAUAGAUCACCUCUCAGCUUACCCUUUUGUAUAGUAUCUGUAUAUUAGACGUCAGCCAUCUUAUGCCAUCAAUAAGGCUAAUCAGCUUUGAGCAUGGCGAUAUCUCUAAAUGCUUCUUUAUAAACAUUAUAAAGAUCAUGUAGGCUCAGAUGUUCUUCUCUUCGCUUUUACUCUCGGUUGGACAUGUCCGUAUUGUGUAGCAUGAUUUCACUGUCAGCAAAGGUACAAAUAGUACUGCGCAAGAG